AUGGAUGAUUUCAAACAAUUAAAUAGCAGUGAAAUCCAUUCAUCUCAAGAUUUCCCAUCUUUAAUUUCAAUUUUUAAAAAUAAUGGUAAAACCAUUAGUGAUCUAAUCUUAUAUGAUUAUAAUAAACAAUCAAGUCAAUUAUCAAAACUUUCAAGUCGAUCGAUUCGUGAGGUGGAUGAUUAUCUAGAUGGUUUGAAACAAGACUUAUCGAAUCAUAUCCCCAAAAUAGAUAUAAAACAUGAAUUAAGUAACGAUGAACCAUCAUUUAUUUCAACUGGAUUACCAACUAUUGAUAAACAAUUAGGUGGGAAAGGAAUCCCAUUAGGAGAAUUAACUGAAGUAUUUGGAUCAAGUGGAUGUGGGAAAUCUCAUUUAUUAAGUCAAUUAGCAUUAAGAAGUCAAUUAUUAUCCACGGAAAAGAAUCAAUCGAUAUUCAUAGCUACGGAAUCAUUUCUUGAAACUAAACGAUUAAAUGAUAUGAAAAAUCAAUAUAAUGAUGAUCCUCGUGUUCUGUUGGAUAACAUAACCUAUAUCUAUUGUCAAGAUCUUGAAAGUCAGGAUCAUAUUAUCUAUACUCAAUUACCAAUCAAAUUACAACAAUUAGAUGGGAAAGUCAAUCUUAUUAUUAUUGAUAGUAUUGCUCAACAUUUAAGACGAGAAGGUUCAUUGAAUAAUUGUAAUUAUCUUAAACAUAAGAUAUCGAAAUUAUAUGAUCAAUUAAAGGAUUUACCUGAUUUUCAACCGCUUUAUAAACUUCAUCAAAUUCAAAUUAAAAAAUUUCAAAAUAAAUCAUCGAAAUAUUAUAAUCGAUUUUUAAAGAAUCAUUAUUUAUAUUUAUUAAAUCGUCAUCUAUAUCGAUUAGCCAUAAGAUAUAAUGUGGCUAUAGUUAUUAUAAAUCAAGUUAGUGAUUUUAUAAAUUCAACCAUUGAUAAUGAUGAUGAUUUUUUAGUGGAAGAUAUUUUAAAUCCCUUAAAUGUGAAUUUUCAAAUUGGAUUAACCAGUGGUUGGGAUACAAAUAUUAUUUUACAUGAUCAACAACAAUCCUUACCAAAGGCUAAAUUUCAAUUAAAUUCGAAAGAUUUAGAAUUAACUACUUAUCAUUUAGAAAAAUCAUUAAAUCAACCUCAAAACAAACAUCAAAGAGUGAAUACUGAUGGAGAAACUUUCGAUCCAAGAUAUGCUAGACAGAAUUUAACUAAUCAUGAUGAAGAUUAUAAUAAUCAACGAGAUUUAUUAUUAAAAUUACAUAAAUUAGGUAAUCUUAAUACCAAAAGAGUGGUUCCAACUUUAGGUUAUCCCUGGUCAAUUCGAAUUCCGAUUCGAAUUAUGUUAAUGAAAACAUAUAAACCAUUGAUGAAGGAUAAAAAGGAUUGGUUAGAAGUUACGAAUCAUAAUAGUGUGGUUGAUCCUGAGACGGGUUUAACUUAUGAACAAUUGAUGGAAGGAUUCAAUGUUAAUAAUGAGGGAGAAGAUUCUACUACUACUACUACUACUACGAAAAAAAGAUCAUUUAAUCAAUUGAAUUCAACUACAUCCAUUGAAGCCUUAAUUAAAGGGUGGAAAGUUGAAAGAUAUGCUAAAGUAGUAUACUCCAAAUAUAAUGAUAACGAUAAUGAUAAUGAUAAAAUUGAAUUUACCAUCACUGAUAAUGGAUUAUUUGAAGUUUAA